UUUACUUCUCCCUUUCUCGUCUCCUCCACGCUUUGGUUAGUUUAUCAGAGUAGCUUCCCUUCAUUGGAAUACAAGAACUACCAAUAAUGUCUUCCAGGCGCUGGUUCCACAUGAAUCUCUCAGGGAUGGAUGCCGAGGCUCUCCUCCUUAGCAAAGGAGAAGACGGCUCCUUUCUUGUCCGUCCCUCUCAAAAUGUACAGGGAGACUUUGCCCUCUCAGUCCGCCGAACAAAGGACGUCACUCACAUUAGGAUACAGAACUCUGGGGACUACUACGAUCUUUAUGGCGGAGAGACCUUUGCUACACUCUCUGAGCUCAUCCAAUAUUACACAGAGAACCCGGGCCAGCUCAAAGAGAGGAAUGGAGCAGUCAUUGAUCUCAGAUAUCCUCUCAUAUGUGAAGAGAUAACCUCUGAAAGGUGGUACCAUGGCGGUAUAACCGGUAAACAGGCGGAGACCCUCCUAAUGGACAAGGGACUAGACGGCAGUUUCCUGGUCCGAGCCUCCACCCAUAGUCCCGGGAAUUAUGUUCUUUCUGCUCGGGUGGAUGGUGAGGUUGCUCACGUUAUCAUAAAGACACAAGGAGGAGAAUUUAACGUGGGUGGGAGUCCUUCUUUUAAAACUCUCAACGAACUCAUCUCUCAUUAUAAAACCCAUUCAAUGAUUGAGACUAGUGGUCGGGUCAUUUCCCUCAAGAAUCCUUUCAACGCGACGUCUUUCAUGGCCAAGAGUAUCAAGGACAGGGUCUCCGAACUUGAGAAAGAAACCGGAGACAUUAUGGGCAAAGCUGGAUUCUGGGAGGAGUUUGAGCAAUUGCAGCAGCAAGAAUGCCGCCAUCUCUUCAGUCGUAAAGAAGGAGCGAGAGUUGAGAAUAAAACAAAGAACAGAUACAAGAACAUACUCCCAUUUGAUCACACUAGAGUGGUUCUUCAUGGAGGUGACCCCUCUAUUGUUGGCAGUGAUUAUAUUAACGCUAACUACAUCAGUGGAGAGGUACCCGGUAGUGAGAAGCACUACAUUGCAACUCAAGGCUGUCUUCCGACUACCAUUAACGAUUUCUGGAAGAUGAUCUGGCAGGAGAGCUCUCAGAUCAUCGUUAUGACAACCAAUGAAGUCGAGCGUGGGAGGAAUAAGUGUGCCAGGUAUUGGCCUGGUAUCAAUGAAACUGGUGAAUAUGGUGACAUAUCAGUCCAGAAUGCAACAGAGUGCAUCAACCCUCAUUACAUUUAUAGAGAGUUUAUUAUUCAUCGUAUUGAAGAUCCGUCAAAUCAAAGAGAAGUCUUUCACUAUCAUUUCAAGGCCUGGCCUGAUCACGGAGUGCCCCAAGAUCCAGGUACUGUCCUUAGUUUCUUGCAAGACAUCAACUCCAAACAAGAUGAACUGGUUACAACUGGUAAUGAGCCUGGCCCACUCAUAGUCCACUGCUCUGCCGGGAUAGGAAGGACCGGGACUUUCAUUGUAAUUGAUAUAUUGCUUAACGUCAUGAUGCAGCAAGGUUUUGAAGCUGAUGUUGAUAUCCAAAGGGCCAUACAGUUAGUUCGUGCUCAGCGAUCUGGUAUGGUUCAAACUGAGCAACAGUACAAGUUUGUGUACAGAUCAAUAUUGUAUCACAUUGAAACACAGAGACAACUGUCAGAGUCCAAUAAUGGAGUAACUGAUCAUGUGUAUGGUAACAUACCAGCAAGCUUAGCGGGCGGAGCCAAGUGAUCCUUCCACUGGUUUAGUUCACGACAAUCACUUUUUGACAUUUUUUAUCACCAAAACACAGGAUCAUAUUAUUAUUAUUAUUAUUAUUAUUAUCAUUAUUAUUAUUAACAGCAAUUUUUUUCUUUUAGUCGUUGUCUAAUGUGCCACUGUACUAUAAAUUAAAUGCAAAACUUAUUAUUAUUAUUAUUUUAUUUUUAGCUAUUUUAAAGAUUUCAUCACUAUUACAUGUGUAGGUAUCU